UGUCCUUUGUACCACUGUGGCGAGCGUCCCUGAACUCCUCAACUCCAGGACGUCGUGCUGGAUCGCAAACAAACGAAGAGACUCGAGCAUGAAUCGAGUCGUUUGAGUUUCCAGGAGCUUCCGCUUCUCUCAGCUCGUCCUCAGCUUCCAAGAGUUCACACGAACAGAGUUGAGCCAUGGCCAAUAUUCAGAUCCGCAAAUAUCGAGACGAUGAUGCCGAGGCAGUGAAGGAGAUCUUCACCAUGGGGAUGAGCGAGCACAUUCCUACGUCCUUCAUGCACAUCCUGAAACAGCCGCUCACGCAGAUGGUGCUCAUGAUCGUCUUCUGCGCUCUCAUGACCAGCUCCAAGUCCUUCCUGCUACCCAUCCUGGCUCUCACCCUGUGCCUAGCCGGGGCCCGGCAGUUUGUCGCCUACAUGUUCAACCAAUACAUCGACACCUCCCUCAAGAAGGACCUCAACAGCAUCAGUGAGACCUACCUGAACCAGAAGGACUCUGGUUUUUGGGUGGCUGAAAGUGAUGGCCAGGUGGUCGCCACAGUGGCUUGCCUCCCCGCCACGGAGGCGCCUGGGUGCUUGGAGCUGAAACGCAUGUCUGUGUGCCGCAGUCACCGCAGGAUGGGCAUCGCUAAGACUCUGUGUCAGACAAUUACUGAUUUCACUCGUGAGAGGGGCUAUGCAGCCGUCAUUCUCUACACCACUGUGAUACAGACAGAGGCUCAGAAGCUUUACGAGAACAUGGGCUUCCAGAAGAUAAGAGAGUUUGCUGUUCCCCAAUUUCCUGCCAAAAUCCUGAACUUCAAUUUGCUUGAGUACAGACUGGAUUUACAGAAAGACGGGAAAAGAGACUAACUCGAGCAGAAAGACGAUUUCAGGUCCGCUCUACCAUUCAUUUACCCAGUUUCAUCAGUGUGCUGAUGUUUCUCUAGCACGCAUUGCACAACUGAGCACCGAAUCAACAAAUCAUUAUUGUUUUCAAAAGCCUUUUUUUUAAUUGUCAGUUACUUGUAAUACAGUGGAAACUGCUUGUAGUGAUCACGUUUGUCCCAGGUCUCUCUCUCUCUCUUAAUUAUUACUAAUACUAAUAACUAAUACUUUUCUUAAAUGUAGCUGCAGGCGCAUUGAUUCAGCUCGUCUCUCAAGCUGACACACACACACACACACACACACCACUAUAUCCAACUUCCACUGUAUUAGUUGAGGAAGGUUUGCUCUGCCCGUGGUCACGCUGCCGAGGGUUUCCUUAGAUGGAGCUUCUUUUAAAGUCUGUUAAUUAAUUAAUUUUGUAAAUGAUUUCAUCCAUUUCUACAGGAAACUUAAUUCAAUAGAUCGCAAGUUGCUCCUUUAAUUUUGUAACUUUCCUUAUGUUAUUCGGAGUCAAAUGAAAGAUGCACUGAUCUGAUUAUCAUCCCUGAUCUUAUUACAGGGGAAACCACAGAUUUUACAUGUUUAAAACACACUUGUAUAAAUUAUUUUUGUGUCUCCAGAUGAAGCUGUGUGAAGUAAAUGUCCUCAAGUGAUGAUAGUCAGAGAAAUCUGGGGUCAGUGAAGUUUGAAAGAACCUCUGCUUCUCUAUCGCUGCCUCAGGCUUGGAACUCGAUUGAAACAUCUCUGGUUCUGUUUAUUUAAUCCACAAUAAACAUUAUUUUCUUGAUGAAUCACUUUGUCUUUAAGAUGUCAGACCCACCGAUCAUCAGUCCAGACUCCAAAGACAGAUGUCAAACAGAAAACAGUAAAUCCUCACUCAAUUCUGAUUUAAAAAUAUUGGAUAUUAUUAGAAUAGUCAACUUACUAAUCAACUUACUGAUUGAUUGACAAGCUGUUGCAGCUCUUGUUGUGAACCUGUUGACACUAAUGAACUCUGAGAUACAUGAGUUGUACGUGUGAUUUAAUGAUUAGCAAUCAGUUUCCAGAUAUCAAAUAUUUAUGUGUAUGCAUUUCCCAUUUACGCACCUGACACACAAUAAAACAUGAACUUCUUCUUUUCAUCUAAA